AUGCUUAAACCAACAAUUAUCAUCUCAUCAAUUAUAUUGAUGCUUGCUACAUAUAUUCAUGGAAAUCCACGCAAUCUACCAGAAAAUUCACUUUCGUCAAUGGUCACAUUUAUUAAACCAGCAGCAAGUGCAAUGCGCCGUCUGAAUCCACUUAAAUUAUUUUUUACUGUGGCUCAUACACCAACACAAAGUCCUCAUUAUUCAGUUGAAUGGAAUUUUCCUUUAUUGAAAACCAUGUUUCUAGAAAGUAAACAUGUUAGCAAUGACGAUAAAGAAUUAUUUCGUAUGAAAUUCGGCAAUGCCGACAGUGAUUAUGUUAAUUGGUCACCCGAAAAGCAUGACGAAUUAGAGCGAUUUACAGAGAAAUAUUUGAAUGUUUACAAAUCGCCUGAUUCAUUUUUACCGUUUCUUGAUUGUCAAGCGUUAACCUAUGCUAUGACAGAUGAAAUGCUUCAUGAUCUUCAACCAAUUAUGAGUGACGAAAAACGUUCCAAAGUUCGAGCAAAAGCAGUUGAACGUUUAUGCGACUCAGAAUAA